AUGCCGGAAAGACACCGUAGGCAAAUUUCAUGGAAUGUCCUUCGCUCCUUAGCUGAGUUGGAAAACCUUCCUUGGUUAAUUUGUGGAGAUUUUAAUGACCUAAUGUUCGCUGAAGAAAAGAAAGGGAGUCGUCCCCACCCUCCAUGUUUAUUACAGGGUUUCUCAGAUACUGUGGCUGACUGUGGUCUAAUUGAUUUGGGAAUGUCUGGGUACCCUUUUACUUGGGCUCACGGUAGAGGUCAACACAGAAUAGAGGAACGACUAGACAGAGCUUUGGGAAACAUCACUUGGCAGAGUUACUUUCCUAAUUAUCAGGUCCAGAACUUAGUCUCAAGUAAGUCUGAUCACUCUCCCCUUUUUAUUCUUACUUCUCCAAGAAUUGAAAAUAUGAGACAUCAACGUUUUCGGUUUGAGAAUGUUUGGCUAGAAGAAUCUGAUGUGGACAAUGUGGGUAGACGGUUAAAGCUUCGGUUUAGGCAAGAUGCAAAAAAGUUGACAGUGCAGCUUCAGAAUCUUCGAAUCAGUGGAAAUAUUGAACAAUUUGAAGCUGUGCAGCGUACGCUUGAUGAUUUUCUUCACCGUGAAGAGGUCUUCUGGUCUCAAAGAGCGAAAUCCCAUUGGUUGACAUCUGGGGACAUGAAUUCUCGAUACUUCCAUGCGACUGCUAAAAAACGAAAGAAAUCGAAAUAG